AUGGAUUCUCCUCAUAGACCUCAGAGUAAACAUCGAAAUACUUCCCAAACUGCUCAAAUGUCCGGACCUCAAAAAUUUACAUCAGAAGCUUCCCCGAGUCCCUUCAUUUCGAAUUCGAAGCUGGUGAAGCAUAGUGUUGAGACUCGACACCCAAGUCAGACGGUUUCUUUAGGAUGGGAAGAUGGAGACGAAGGUGGACAUACAUCGAGGUUACAAGUGGAGUUGGAAGAUGUUAUAGAAACGAAAAUUGUUACUACCACCACUACGACUAAACGAUCUUAUCCUUCAUUACUCUUUCAAAAUCCCAGAUCAGUUGAUAGCCUAGAUGCAAAGGAAUAUCCCUUGGCAUUUAAGCCUACUCCUCCCGAACUUACCAAGUUUUCAUAUGAACUUGACGGACAACAAAUGGAGUAUGAGGAAAAUGAUUUACAAAAUGUCAUGCACGAGAAUUCACAAACGCAGCCUCUCCGUAACUUUCAUCGACGUCGUCAAUCGAGUGAGAAUCGUGGGCAGUUCAGAGAUGGGUUGGACAGAACAGAUCGAAUUGUCAAAUCCGAUGCAGAAACUAGCAAUUUGAGAAAAUCUUUGAAAUCGAAAGGAAUAUCAGAUUAUUUACCUGCCAGUAUUGGUUCAAGGUCCAGCACCUCGCAGGAACAAGAAGUUUUCAAGAAUGAAGCCAGAGAUGCUGGUUCGACUGCCCACAAUGAAACUCGACGCCGGAACCUUGGUCUCGGUAUGCACCUACCCGAUCUGCUAGCUACACCCGAUAUGUCAGAAGUAGAUUUAUCCUCGAGAGACGUCGCUCCAACACUGCCUCCUCGAUUUCAAACCAGUGUGUACACCCCUCAGUCCGGUUUAAGUCAAAACGACUCAUUCGACAGCCUGGAAAGUCAAGAAAUCGCAAAUGACGAAACAUUCAAUGGAGCGGUUGCUACGCCUCCAAUUGCAGAAUCCGACCUGGAGGAGUCUAGUCUUGGUAUAAAUUUCGCACAAGGACAGCGUCCGCAUUUGAAUACUGCAGCUGCUCAGAACGCAAGCCUCCCUAGCCCUGGCCUUUCGCCCGCUGCUACUUCCCCAUCAUUCGACAAUGAUGAUAAUGGUGAUAGUCAGGAGAUGUUAGACGAGUACGCUCUUCAGGUAUCCGAGACAAAUACAGCUCGAGAUCGACGCAUCACAUCUACAGGAUUACACUCGCAAAUUUCAACCGUUAUGGAGAUUGGCUCUAUGCUGGAUACUUUCGAUGCUAUGCCAAGUGAAUUGAAGACUCUUAUGAUGUAUCAGCUUAGUCGAAGGUGCUCGAAGAAGACUCUUCGGGCUGUUGCGGGUUUUGUCAAUCCUGCUUUGAUGUGUGAUUUCCUCGAUGAGCUUCCCACAGAACUAAGCCUACAUAUUCUAAGUUAUCUGGACCACAAAGACCUUUGCCGAGCGGCUCAAGUUUCGAAACGUUGGAGAAAUGUCAUAGACUCGAAUGAGACAGGAUGGAAAGAACUCUUUGAUCGUGAUGGUUUUGUGCUCCAACCCGAAGAACUCGAGCGAGCAAUACGUCAAGGAUGGGCAUGGCAAGAUCCUUACGGGCCAGAUGGUUAUGAAAAGGAUUUGAGCAUUAAAGACCAAUCAAUCAAUGGAGAAGUCUGUACACCUAGUAGUGGUAGCAAGGUUGAUGCAACUAGGAGAUCUCGAGCUACCACUAAAAGAAAGAGGACCGCUGGGAAUUUAGGAUCGGAACGCGCAAAGAGAAGAGCAAUAAGUAACGACGUUUCAACCAAAAAAUUAGAUGAAGUAUCCAAAUACCACAAAUCUGAAGGCCCAUUAAGCGCUGCUUGUGCUGCUGCUUUAGCGGUACCAAAUCCUGAAUUGGGUCUUCCAGGAUUACGGAAACUUCAUCUCUUCAAAUCUUUGUAUCGUCGUCACUAUUUUCUUCGUCAUAGUUGGACGAACCGUGCCGUUGAACCUCAUCAUAUGGCAUUCAAAGCUCAUCCGUCACAUGUAAUUACAUGUCUUCAAUUUGAUGAUGAAAAGAUUUUGACAGGUAGUGAUGAUACAUGUAUUCAUGUCUACGAUACGAAAACUGGAGCUCUACGAAAAAAGCUUGAGGGACAUGAUGGAGGUGUUUGGGCUUUACAAUAUGAAGGAAAUGUUCUUGUUUCUGGAUCCACUGACCGUUCAGUACGGGUAUGGGAUAUUGAAAAAGGUCUUUGCACUCAAGUUUUUCAUGGUCACACAUCAACUGUACGAUGUUUACAAAUUCUUAUGCCAUCAGAAGCUGGCAAGACAGCAACUGGUCAACCUAUCAUGAUACCUGAGCAACCCCUUAUUAUUACCGGUUCUCGUGACUCUCAACUACGCGUAUGGAAGCUACCAGCCCAAGGAGAUAAGCGAUAUAUCCAAACAGGACCACCAACUAAUGAUGCUGACUGCCCUUACUUUGUUCGAGUAUUAGCUGGACAUACUCAUUCUGUUCGUGCUAUCGCUGCACAUCAAGAUACUUUAGUAAGUGGUAGUUACGACUGUACCGUGAGAGUAUGGAAGAUCUCGACAGGUGAAGUCUUACAUCGUCUACAAGGACAUACCGCAAAGGUAUAUAGCGUUGUUUUGGAUCAUAACCGUAACAGAUGUAUCAGUGGUUCCAUGGAUACAUAUGUUAAGGUUUGGUCACUUGAGACUGGGUCUUGUUUAUUCACACUUGAAGGUCAUACAUCACUUGUUGGUCUUUUAGACUUACGUGAUGAACGUCUUGUUUCAGCAGCAGCAGAUUCAACAUUACGAAUUUGGGAUCCAGAAAGUGGUGUGUGCAAAAGUACAUUGAGUGCACAUACAGGUGCCAUUACUUGUUUUCAACAUGAUGGACAAAAAGUUAUCUCUGGAUCAGAUCGUACUUUGAAGAUGUGGGAUGUUAAAACUGGUGAAUGCAUCAAGGACCUUUUGGGUGAUUUAAGUGGUGUUUGGCAAGUCAAAUUUGAUGAACGAAGAUGUGUUGCAGCUGUUCAACGUGAUAAUUUCACAUUUGUCGAGGUUCUUGAUUUCGGUGCAUCUAGAGAUGGUGUUCCAAAAUCCGAACGUGGUCAUCGUAUUUUAUUACCAAGUAUAGACGAAACGGAAAGAAUCGUUGAAGUUGAUGAAAAUGCAAAUGCAUAA